AUGGCUUUCUCUCCUCUCUCUUUGCCUAUUUCACUUAUUUCGUAUCUGGCUAUCAUCAGACCUGUUAAUGCGGCUACGGCGCCGGUUGCCGCAACAUGGUCCGAUUCAACAUUUGGACCGGAUGGCCCGUGGCCGGCAGUGGAGGUGACACUGGGCGACGACCAGACGAUAGCGCUAUAUCCAGGACGGGAAUUUCAAACUUUUCUCCUAACCACCGACUAUUGUAACCAGAACAGGACAUUAUGCAAUGCCAACCAAGCGGGUCUCUAUAAUGACGCCCAAUCGCAAGUAGAUGCUACAGGAUCUACGGGACAAAUACAAUACCAGUCGCAACCUGAUUAUAUGACGGGUGUUGAUGUACGAGGCCAACCGACGAGUUCGUGGAUCGAUAACAUGAACUUUGGUGGAGCAACAAUAGAAAAUGUUUCUCUAGCCUUGCUCAAUGGAUCAUAUAUGGCAUACCCGAAUGGCCAGUGGUAUCCUCUGACUGUGGGUUGUUUAGGGAUAGGAGCGCCUGACACGGUGAACCAGUCCUUUUCGAAUACCAUGGGGCCGGCGAUUAACGCGAGUCUCGUUCCGGGAUAUUUAUGGGCACACAACACGACCGCAUCUAACUCUUUCGGUAUGCAUAUUGGCUCGGUAUACCCUAAAAUGCCCGGCUCGUUCUAUUUUGGCGGUUAUGAUCAAAAUCGAGUUGUAGGGGACGUCCUCUCGUACCAGGACGACUACACGAAAGAUAUUACCUUGAAGGAUAUCAGUAUCAAGGUGAUCGAUGGCUCCUCUCCGUGGCAAUUCGAGUCAUUGGGUGGUCUCCUCUCGUCUGGCAAUUCAUCCAUCACUUCCGGAGGCCUUCAGGUAUCUGUCGAUGGUUGCUCUCCCUACUUGUCACUCCCCAAGUCGACGUGUGAUGCCGUUGCAAAAAAUCUACCGGUCACAUAUAAUGAAGAUCUCGGCUUAUAUUACUGGAAUACUAACGAUCCAAAAUACACGCAAAUCGUCAACUCGGCUUCUGUAUUAGAAUUCGUUUUCAUCGGCGACUCAAACACCAAAAAUGUUUCUAUCUCGGUCCCAUUCCGACAUUUGAAUCUCACCCUAACUGCACCCUUAGUCGACCAACCCACACAAUAUUUCCCUUGUUAUACGGGACCUUCUAAGGGGUACACACUUGGUCGCGCUUUUUUACAAGAUGCAUUUGUUGGUGCUAACUGGGGUACUAAAUCAUGGUGGCUGGCGCAGGCACCUGGCCCUAACAUUCCAUCCGCAAAUGUUGUCGAGCUCGCCAAUGGCGGCUCAAUAAAAGCCAGUACGAACGACUGGAAAGAAUCGUGGUCUGGGUCAUGGACGGCUCUUACGCCCGAAGAAGCAAGCAGCUCUUCUACCGUGAGCGCUCCGAGUGCGACAAACACCGAUCCUGGCGAUUCGACUGGUCUUGCGACGGGGGCAAAGGCUGGAAUUGGUGUAGGUGUUGGCGUCGCGGGUUUAGCGAUUCUCGGUGCUGUUGCCUUCUUUUUCAUGCGCCGUCGUAAAGCAGCUGCCACCGACGGAGCGACGUCCAAUGCAACUAAUGCCACGCCAGAGCAUGGAUAUUACGCACCUAUUAAGAAUCCCACCUCUCCUGGGAUGACAGAUUCGUCUACGGUCACUUCAGGGCAGCCACCGAACUUGAUGUAUAACCAGCAAUACCCGCAGUAUCCGCAGCCUUACUCACAGCCCUACCCCCAACAAUAUCCACAGCAGUAUAUGCAACCACCGUAUGGACAGCCAUACAGCACCGAGUUACCUGCCGUUGGAAAUUCACCAACAGAAUUGCCUGGGUCAACAAUUUACGAUCCGCAUAUGCUUGAUAGCACUCAGAUCAGCAGUCAUGCAUCUCCGCAACCAAGUCACAUAUCACCACACUCGCCAAGCCUCGGCACGGAUCAGUCACAAGCUCCCGGUCAGUCUGGGCAUACAUGA